AUGGCUUCUUGUCAACUUCAUGCCAAGUCCAUCGUGGACUUCCUUCCGGACCUCCCGACUCCUGCCAUCUACGGUAGCUCUGUUGGUGAUUUUAUCACACAUCGCCAACUCAAACAAUAUGUCGAAGGGUUUCGCCUCCCUUCGACGCGGUCCACGAGGAAAGAGGUCGUAGCCGUAGCGCUCCCAAAUGGCCCUCUAUUAGCAGCAACCAUCAUCGCAGUAUCUACAUACUAUACUGCUGCCCCUGUAACUCCAGCUGUGGGAGUUGAGCAGUUCAAGGCAGAUGUACUCCAGGCCGGAGCCACAAUCGUGUUGACAACGACGGAGGACUAUGAGAAACUAGCACUGGGAGAGCAAUGGGUCUCGGACGCAAAUAUUAAAGUAUGUCUGGCGCGGAUAGAGUCGAAUAUGAGCAUCACAGUCACAGACGUUUCGGGGGCCAGCUUAGCUGUCUUGGACACCCCUACGCCAAGUGGCUCAAAGGAUACGUGUAUUCAGCUUUUCACAAGUGGCACAUCAGGAAACAAGAAGCUCGUGCCGAUAUCAAUAGGGGCAGCUAUCAGCGGAGCUCAGAUGGUCAUUGCAUCCUGGGGGUUGACGCCCCAAGAGACGUGCCUGAAUAUGAUGCCGUUACACCACGUGGGAGGCCUUGUACGAAACGUUUUCGCGCCGAUCUUUGCUGGCGGCUCAACAAUUUGCUGCUCGGCAUUUGAUCCCGGCCUCUUUUGGGACCUGGUUGAUCAAGAGCUGCCGACUUGGUAUUACGCUUCGCCAACAAUGCACUCGUUGAUCUUGAACGAGGGUAUUCAUCGGAAAGCAGAUAUGAGUAAAAGUAAAAUCCGACUCAUCUGCAACGCGGCAGGUGGCCUGCUGCCUGCCCUUGCUGAGCAAUUACGAGACACCUUCAAAUGCACCGUGUUGCCAAGUUACGGUAUGACUGAAUGUAUGCCUAUUUCGACUCCACCAUUAGAUUAUAAGUUGGAUCGUGAGGGUACUUCGGGAAUCUCAGUCGGUCCAGAAAUGACCAUCCUCGACGGUGCCAACAACACGGUGGCUCCCAACGUUAUAGGCCGUAUCAGUGUUCGUGGCUCGCCAGUUUUUGAUGGUUACUUAAGACCUGAUGGCACCCUGGACAGAUCAGCUUUCAAUGAGGAAGGUUGGUUUGACACCGGUGAUCUGGGUUACAUGGACCAGGAUGGCUUCCUCUACAUUACUGGUCGCUCCAAAGAAGUGAUCAAUCGCGGUGGCGAGAUCAUCUCGCCCUUUGAAGUUGAGAACGCCAUUGUUUCUGCUGCAGCUGACCCUGACAGCCCCAUUUUCGAGCGAGUCACUCAGGCGUUAGCGUUUGGACUUUCUCACGACGUACUGCAGGAAGUCGUCGCCAUCGUGCUGGUCACGCCCAAGGAUAAGCCGAGAGUCGACAUUCGUCUGCUUCACGUGGCCCUGCGAUCUCUUCUGCAGCAAGCCAAAUGGCCGACUAUGGUCGUCUAUAUGGACGAUGUGCCCAAAAGGAACAAUAAGGUCCUACGAACCAACCUAGCCAAGCGACUCAGCUUGCCAGAGCAGACUGGAAGCACAUCUUUUGUAGAGAAGCAUUGGGAAGCAGUAUGUCCCCCCGUCGAUGCACCAUUGUCGGAGUCCAUCCCAGCGACGAAGUGUCUUCUUGACCCAGCGCAACUACAAGAAGUCGCCAGCAAGAUUAUGCCAACUCUUCUCGAGGCAUAUGUGGAUAUUUCUUCCCAUGACGGACGACUGGAGAUGUUUCUUGCACCAAGAUCGGCAACGGAGGUAUCCAAGGAAUUCGGUGCGGCGUCUUGUCUCGAUCUCAAGAAGCUACUGCCAUCGCGAACACACAAUUACAACAUCCCCGAACGAAUACAAUACUUAGAACAGCCGAUGCCAUUCUGUGGAUGUGGUACCGUCGACAAGAAGGCUCUCCGCGCGAUUGCAGAGGAGCAGCUCAACAGCGCUGAUAACGCAGGCGCUACCAACUUAGAUGAGGCGGUAGUUCAGAUCAUGGCAAAGGUGCUCUCGAGAAGUUCUGCAGAGAUUGAGGUUACAACAGAUUUCUUCUCAAUCGGUGGCGAUUCCAUCCUUGCUGGCCGACUUUUAUCGAUGAUCCGAGGCGAGUUCAGAGUAUCCGUGCCAAUUGAAUUUGUAUUCAACCACGGAUCGGCUCGCGAGAUUGCCAAAUACCUGGAGCAGGAGGGCGCCUCUGUAAGCGGAUCAGACACGAGCUCCAUGGACGAAAAAGACGUUCAUUUCUGUGAAAAGCAGUAUUCCUCGACGAGGUUGUCUCUGAUGUUCCUUCAACUGGUCCCCAUGACCGUCUUAUACCCCAUGCGCCGUGCGCUCCAGUGGACCUUCUUUUUGUGCAUUCUCAGCUCUACCUUGAAUUGGGUUACCAAUCAGUCCGUUCUAGGACGACUUCUCAUACUCAUACUCAGUAUUGCCGCCUCUAAGGUGUUCAUUAGCCUUGUUUCGCCAUGGGUUGGCAUUCUUACUAAAUGGGUCAUUAUCGGACGGUACCAGGCGGGUUAUUAUCCCAUGUGGGGAUCUUAUCACACGCGAUGGUGGUUGGUGCAAAAAAUCACAGAUAUCACGGGAAUGGGUUUCUUUGGCUGGUCAGACUGGAGCAAGUGUCUCUACUACCGGAUGAUGGGCGCAAAGAUCGGCAAGAACGUCACCCUUGGAGGCGCUCGUACCGGCGAAUGGGAUCUCAUCAGCAUUGGGGACGGCGCGGUUCUUGAGCAUUGCACUAUCCGCCCAUUCGCCGGCGAGCGGAAUACAACUAUGUACCUCGGACCGAUCACAAUUGGUCGCAAUGUUGUGAUCAACAAGGCCUCAAUAGUUGCGCCCGGCUGUACUGUUCCCGACAACACCUGUAUCGGUCCUAACUCAUCUGCGUGGGAGUUGGAGGACGCCGACGAGAGCUUCCGCGAUUCGCCGGCGUCGAAAGUGCCAGGGGCACACUGGGCGAUGACACUCUUCUUCACAAUGCCGCUUGCUUUCGCUAGCUACGUUCUAUCAAUGGUGCCGUGGGCUCUUGGUCUGCUCGGUCUCGUCAUGUCACAGCCAAUCGAAACAACCAACCCUAUCCGCAGUGUCAUCCACUGGUUUGCAUCUAGUGGCAGAGUUGGCUACCAUUACCUUGCGCUGGUUCUCAGGUCCACCUUCAGUCCCUUCUUCGUCUUUGCUUUCGCGGUAGCUGUCCGUCUAUUACUCGACGUGUGGUUUGGCAAAAUGUCACCCGGCCCGGCGGCCUCAAGAAGCCAAAUCGAUCGGUGGCGGAUGGCUCUCAUGAAGAAGCUCAUGUCGGUUGCGCAACUACACAAGAUGACUGAGAUCUUUGGACAGCACUACGAAGGAACUUCAGUUGCUGUGAGACUGCUAGGCGGCAAGGUUGGAAAGCGAGUAUAUUGGCCGGGCACUGGUCCAUCAAUCGGCGACUAUCAUCUCAUCGACGUUGGCAACGAUGUCGUCUUUGGCUCGCGUUCCCACCUUGUCACAUCGGACGCCAUCAGCUCGGAAAAGGUCAAGAUCGAUGAUAACGCCAUGAUCGCCGACCGAGUGUGCUUGUUACCCGGCGUCACCAUCGGAAAGAAGACCGUCAUGGGCUCUGGUGCUCUUUCAAGACGCGGAAAAUCAUACGAGGACGACACUACGUGGGUCGGCUCUCGUGGGGGCGAUGCAAUUCAUCUAGCUCGGCCGCGUCCAAAGCAAGCUGACCCAGAGAAACUCUGCGUUGACACUGCUUUCAGUGAGAAGCCCCAGGAUAAGCUUUUAUAUGAGAAAGAGCUGCCAAAGCCGGAAGAACAAAACCUGAGCCCCUUCGGCCGCGCCUUCUACCUGAAGAAAGCGCCUUACUGGGUUAUGGGCCAGUUUGUCAUCUUCCUCUACUCGACCUUCAUCACCGCUUUCACUGCCGCCUUGUGGAAUGUUCCCUUCAUUUUGUCGAUUCAGAUCAUUUACUGGAUCAACUUCGAUGCAUACCUCGGGUAUGGUUUCUGGAUGGAUGCGCUUCACAUUUGGGGAUUCAUGACCGCGGCCAUCGCUAUAAUUACUUCUGCAAUCGCCUUGUUCGCCAUCCUUCUUGUCAUUAUUGCGAAAUGGGCAAUAAUUGGCCACCGAAAACCCGGCAAUUAUGACUGGGAUAAGAGCAGCUAUUGCCAACGCUGGCAGCUCUUCCUUUCUAUUGAGAAGAUCCGACGCCAAUGUUACCGUGGACACGGUAUUCUCGGCAUGCUCACCGGCACCCACUGGAUCGUUAUGUACUUCCGCGCGCUGGGCGCAAAUAUCGGAAAGGAUUGUGCAUUGUUCGUCAAUGGAGCGCCGAGCCUCAUGUUUACCGAACCUGAUUUGCUGACGAUGGGAGACCGAUGUGUUGUAGAUGAUGCAUCUCUUGUUGGCCACAUCAAUAGCCGUGGUACCUUCGACCUCAACGAGCUACACGUUGGCGACAGGUGUGUCUUGAGGACUGGAAGCAGACUGCUGUCCGGUGCCAGCAUGCAGAACGAUAGCUGCUUGAUGGAGCAUACGCUCGUCAUGGGUGGCGAUGUCGUGGAUGAGAGAUCGACGUUGCAAGGAUGGCCGGCCAGAGUGUUUAAAGGCGACACUGCCGGCAACACGGUCCAAUAA